AUGAAGACGUAUCUCCUGCUCUUGGCCUUGCUUUCAGCGGUCUCGAAAUCGGUCGUUGGAUACGCGAUUACCGGUGUAUCUGGUGGCGUCAACUCCGGCACCGGUGAAAGACCUGCUCGUCUUGAUAUGAGAGAUCUGCAAUCCGCCGGUCCAGCUUUUGAUCUUUACGUUCAAGCUCUCUCUCAAUUUCAAAGCUCCGAUCAAAGUGACUUGGUUUCAUACUAUGAAGUCGCAGGAAUCCACGGCUAUCCAUAUCGGUCAUGGGACAAUGUCGAAGGCAAGUACCAAACAGGGUACUGUUCGCACGGCUCCAUAAUAUUCCCAACCUGGCACCGGCCGUAUCUUUCACUAUUCGAACAGCGGAUAUGGUCCUAUGCUCAAGAUAUUGCAAAUUCGUAUCCCGAUUCCCAGCGGCAGUCAUAUGUGGACGCUGCAAAGACUCUGCGAAUUCCGUACUGGGACUGGGCGAAAAACCCCAAUCUGCCAGAGAGCACGACGUAUCAGAAGAUCACGAUCAACACGCCAACUGGCCAACAGUCGCUUGACAACCCUUUGUAUUCAUAUAAAUUUCAUCCGUUGCCCCUGGGAACUGAUAUUCCCAGUAAUGACCCUCUGGCAAAAUACAACGAGACAGUACGUUCUCCAGACCCCAGCACUGGCCAGAGCCGAUUAGACAAUGUCAACUCGGGAAUGUCUUCCAACUCUGCAUGGUUGAAAUCAAGCACAUACCAACUUAUCUCUUCCGAGAAAAACUACACCGUCUUCUCCAAUAACGUUCUGAAAGACCGAGGCGCUAACUACAACAACCUUGAAGCCAUCCACGACGGAGUUCACGCCCUUGUUGGUGAUGGUGGACAUAUGACAUAUUUUAGCAUGGCGGCGUUUGAUCCCAUUUUCUGGAUGCAUCAUGCUUCUAUUGACCGUGUUUUCGCUCUCUGGGAAGUCCUCAACCCUGACUCUUACAUCACGCCAAUGGGUGACACAUCCGGCACUUUUGUGGUGCAAGCCGGCACAAUUGAAGACGUGAACACGCCGCUGUAUCCAUUUCACAGGUCGAAUAACUCCAACGACUUUUGGACAUCGAGCACAAGUCGCUCGACCAAGGCUUUUGGAUAUACCUAUCCCGAAAUCGAGGACUGGGGGGUCGAUCAGGCUACCCUUCAGAAUAAUGUCCGGACGGCGGUUAACAAUCUGUACAACGCGCCGGCCCGCAAAAUUUCUACUCUGGAUAAAUCGAAGAGAGCCAAUGAACCGAAGUUGCAUGCUGUGUCAGGAAAAAUGACAGCAACAGACUUUGACAGUCUCGCUGUUAAUAACUUGCCUAAGAACUGGGCUAUCAAUAUUGCUGUUGACAAACAUGCACUUGACGGCAAGCCUUUCCAAAUCCACUUCUUUUACGGUGAGCCAGAUAGCGACGUCAAACCUAGCGACUACUUUGAUGCCGAUAACCUAAUUGGCACCUACCGAAUCUUCACUGGUCCUAGUUUGAAUCCGAUGUCCGGCAGCAAACGCUCACCCUCGUUAGCUGAUGAGGAUGAGGACCGGGCUCUCUCUGCUGGACAAAUAUCUCUUUCCCCGGUGCUCGCACAAGCAUAUGCAAACGAGUUACUUCCGGACGACACCUUUGGACCGGAACAGGUCGUGCCAAUACUGUCAAAACAGCUGAAUUGGCGCAUCACUGACGCUGCUGGAGAAGAGGUUCCCGUAGAAACUCUUACUGACAAGGGCCAGCUGCGCGUCGCUGUCGUGUCACGAGACGUAGACCCAAUUCUGGAAGGGGAAGAGCACUUGUUUCCUCGGUAUGGAGAAUGGAACCACUGGCAGAAUGCGACAAUAGGCAAGCAGGGAGCUGUGUAG